UCAUUCCCUUCUAAUUUAUGACAACUCCUUACAUCACCCUCGAUCCCCCACCCUCUGGCAACUUGGCUGCCUCUACUCCAACGUCACAUUUUCCGUGAUCUUCUACUUUCCAUUUUCUAUGAUUGAUGAUCAGAAAAAAAAUCCAGAAACGAAAAUUUCGUAUCAAGAAUCUCUCAUAAUUGAGAGACACAACUCGUAAUAUAGACACACAAUAACUAUAUCUCCUAGCUGGUCAUAAAUACUUUUAACAACUUUCCUUCCAUGGCUUUGUUGUUCAUGUAGCAGAUCUUGCGGCGUCAAUAAAGAAACCUUCCAUUUUCUUGAUCCCAAUUUUCCACAUUUUGGUUCAAUUCCAUAAAAGGAAGUCUUCAUUGGCUUACAAGUUACAAGGACUUAUUCCUAAAAAUCAUCACAAACCUCCCUUAUUUUGUGUCGGUAGAUUUUUAGUGUUAGCAUUCAAUUUUUAGUUCAAUUUAAUUUUGUUUAAAUUGGUAAAAUGGAGGAUAGCGGAGAAUCUUUCGUGGCAGUGAGGAGGAUGUCGCAAGGAUUCGAUAGAGGAAAUAGUACUUGCCAUUCUACUUCUGGUUUAGUCAGGCCUAGUUGCACUGAGUUUUCUGAGGUCAUGGCAGGAUCAGCAGCAUGGCUUGGCAGAGGCCUUUCAUGCGUUUGUGCCCAGGGAAGCGAUAUUGAUGCCCGUCCAUCAUUUGAACUGACACCAGCUCAGGAGGAAUGCUUGCAGAGACUACAAUACCGUAUAGAUGUUGCAUAUGAUAGUUCAGAUCCUGAACACCGGGAAGCUUUACGAGCAUUGUGGAAAGCUGCCUUCCCUGUGGAAGAACUCCAUGGUUUAAUAUCUGAGCAAUGGAAGGAAAUGGGUUGGCAAGGAAAGGAUCCAUCUACUGACUUUAGGGGUGCCGGAUUCAUAUCACUGGAGAACUUGUUAUAUUUUGCGAGAAAUUUCCCGAGAUCGUUCCAGGAUCUUCUUCAAAAGCAGGAAGGUGACAGGGCAUUAUGGGAAUACCCAUUUGCUGUUGCUGGUGUCAACAUCACAUUUAUGCUUAUCCAGAUGCUUGAUAUAGGAGCUAUAAAACCAAGAAAUCUGGUGGGAGCAACUUUUUUGAAGUUUCUUGCAGGAAAUGAAUCAGCGUUUGAUCUGCUAUAUUGUAUCACGUUUAAGCUGAUGGAUCAGCAGUGGCUUGCCAUGCACGCAUCAUAUAUGGACUUCAAUACAGUUAUGAAGUCCACUCGUCGACGAAUUGAAAGGGAACUUUUGCAAGGAAACAUAAAAAGGUUGGAGGAUUUGCCCUCAUAUAGACUUCUUAACUGAUAGUUAUUGUAGCUGUGGCAUUUAUACUUCUUUUUAUUUGUCAUGACAUCAGCGAAAGGGAAGUGAUUUUCUUGCCUGUUAUGUGAUAUUUGUUGGUUUCUUAUGUCAUGGUCUUUUAUGGUGGCACUUCUAGUUUUGUUAGAAUGAGAUGCUUCUCGAUUCUUAGAGGCGGAGAAAGGAAGUAACAGAUUUCUGCAGUGGAUGAUUUAAUUUGUUCUCUGACUA